UCAGUAUGUAACAAAAAAGGUCCAAUACGAAUUCGGCAUGAGGAAUAUUAAUACAGUGCUGCCUUGCGAGUGAACUAAUAAACUGUCAUAAAACAUCACCAAACCAAACAAAAAAUCCCUACAGAAGAAGAGUGAUUUGAAGUCGUAGUCCAGUGUUUUAAUGACCGGCAGAAACUCCAUUUCCCACAGUUCCAGGCGACUUAAGUAGGUCGAAGGUAAACUGUCAUGUCCGCUGUGUUGGUAACUUUAGCAAGUUCCUCAGGUGGUCUACGUUACAGUGAAUGCUGGUGGCAUGCUGCUGAAAGAGAGCAGACUGUGUGUUUGAAACACGGUCAUUUCAUGAGCGACGCAAAUCCUGCGCUGGAUUGCUGUGGAGGCUUGAAUAGCGUGGAUUACAGUCAGAUGGACAUGUCCGUGUUGGCAGAGCUGUGGAGGUUAAUAGACCUGCCGGAGCCCCGGUUCUGCGUGGCUGUUAUUGCCAUCAUCUUCAAUCCGUUCUUCUGGAAUGUGGUGGCCAGAUGGGAGCACAGGACCAGAGGUCUGACCCGUCUGUUCGGAGGUCCAUACGUGGCCUGUUAUGCCCUCGCUGGGCUCAUCCUUCUCCUCAAUGUUUACCGCAGUCACAGUAUUACAGUGGCCAUGAAGGCUCACCCUCGCUGGGAGCCGCUGGAUAACGCACAUGUGUACUAUGCAGGAGCAGCUCUCAUGGCGCUGGGAUCGGUGUUUGUGAUCAGCAGCUUCAUGGCUCUGGGCGUCACUGGCACUUUCCUGGGGGACUAUUUUGGCAUCCUGAUGGAUCAGAAGGUGACUGGUUUCCCCUUUAAUGUGAUGGAGAACCCCAUGUACUGGGGCAGCACUGCCAACUACCUGGGCCUGGGCUUAAUGAACGCCAGUCCUGUCGGAGUGAUCCUGACCGCAGUGGUCGGCUUGUCCUAUAAAGUAGCGAUUGCAUAUGAAGGACCGUUCACUGAGGAGAUCUACCGGCGGAGGAGCCAGCGCUGCAAGCACAAGUAAAGCCGCUCAGAUUCCUGAUCCUCUGGGAUGGGAAACUGUGGAUGGAGAUGAUUUCAGAUGUAAACGCCUGCAGCAUUUAAACUACUAUGUCUGAUUAAUCUGUAUAAUAUACUGACGGUAUAAAGAGAGUUAAAGAGCACAGCUGCAAAUUGCACAUUGAUGUUUAACACUUUUACCGCAAUAUUGAAUGCAAACUGUGAAUGCAAUGACAAUCUUCAGCUGUAGCAAUCCAAUAUCCAGUAUUGGUAAUCUGUAGUUUGCUCAUAUAUCAUAACCAUAAAAGAUGUGAUUGUUUUUAUUU